AUGUCAUCUCAUCAAUGGAAACGCGAUGUAUUCGUGAGUUUCAGAGGCAAGGACGUGAGGAAAAACUUCAUAUCACACCUCUUCCGCGAGCUGGACCGGGCGGGGAUUGACUGCUUCAGCGACGAAGACCCUCAGGACACUGGGGAGUACAUCAAUGACAAGCUCUUGGGAGCGAUUCGCCAUGCAAGAUUCGCCCUCAUUGUGUUCACCAGAAACUAUGCUGACUCCAAAUCGUGCCUGAAUGAGCUGGUCGAGAUCCUCGACUGCAGAAGGCAGCUCAAGAAUGAUGGCCACGUGGUCGUUUCCAUCUUUCAUGGCGUGAGCACGGACGAUGUUUCGAAAUUGACGAGCGGAAGCGAGUUCGCACAAGGUUUCGAGAGGUUGUGUGAGAUUAAGAGAGACGAUGCGCAGAUAAAAAAAUGGAGGGAUGCCCUUGAAGAGGCCACGCAUCUUUCGGGCUUGCAUUUGGAGAACCACGCCCAUGGCAAUGAAGCGAAGCUCACUGAAAUGAUAGUCCACUACCUUUCCGAGAAGAUUCGUCAAACGCAGCCUCUCUACUUCGUGAACAAUGCAAUUGGGGUAGAUCAUUUGGCAAACGAUGUGAUUUCCUUGCUAAAGAAAGGCUGUAAGGAGGAUGUGCGCAUGAUAGGCAUAUGUGGUACGGAACAAAUAGGUAAGACAACAGUGGCCGUAGUUGCUUGUGACGGCAUUUGUGGCGAGUUCGAGUGUUCUGUCUUUCUUGGUGAAAUUGGAGAAGCGAAUCGAAGUGAUCUUCUUGGUUUGCAGAAGAAGUUACUCCAAAAUCUCGUGAAGGAGGAAAGAGUGAAGAUGUAUGACAUUCACACCAACAUUAACGAGAUAAAGCGUAAAAUGCGUUGUAAAAAGAUACUUCUUGUUCUGGAUAAUGUUACUAACAAAGAACAAAUGAAGCACUUCGGUGCUGGAGAUCGAGAAUCCUUUUGCCCUGGGAGUAGAAUCUUGAUCACGACAAGAGAUCGAGAUUUGCUGAAAGAUCUCAAGGUAGAUGACAAGUACAUUGUCAAUGGAUUGAAUCCAGAUCACGCACUUCAACUCUUUUGUCACUAUGCCUUCAAGAGAUCAGAACCUAAACAAGGCUAUGAGGCGUUGUCUCAAAGUCUGUUUCAUUACGCAGGAGGUCAUCCAUCGGCCCUCAAAAGAUUAGGUUCCUUCCUUAGCGAUAAGUCAAAAGAUAAAUGGCAUGAAAUAUUGGACAAGUUGGUGAGAAGCCCUUAUCUUGAUUGCAUCGAUGGAUCUCUCCCAUUGAAAUCCGACGGGCCGCAUGGAGGUCAACGCGGCGGUGCUUAUGAUGAUAAAACAUACAUAGGCGUAAGACAAAUUAGUGUCCUCGUUGACAAGGUUAUCAAUUCCAUCACCAUCGAUUAUGAUCAAGACGGAUGUUUAGUGCGUUCUUCCGAGCACGGCGGACAUCUUUGUGGUGACCUAUUUACGGUCAAGCUAGAUUAUCCAAAUGAACACCUAACUUCAAUCUCAGGGCAUAUAAGAAACUACCGAAUUCCAACUUUUAUUCAAUCUCUCAAAUUCGAUACCAACAACAGGACAUAUGGACCAUUUGGCUUUGAACAAGGGCAAUUUUUUCGUUCGCAAGUUGAUGGCAGAAGAAUUAUCGGGUUCCAUGGAAAUUGUGGCGCCUAUCUUGAUUCAAUUGGAGCACACUUUGGGCCAAUUUCUCAUGCAUUUCCUUUUGAAGUUGUGGGACCUUUUGGAGGUGAUUAUGGUACAAACAUUUGGGAUGAUGGGAAACAUACAGACGUGAGGGAAAUACUUGUAGGUUUCGAUUCAACGAUCAACUUUAUCUCUGUUUUAUACGACAAGCAUGGACGUCCAGUUGGUCCCUUCACACAUGGCACGAAUGGAGGAGGCAAAACAUAUAGGAUUAAGCUUGACUAUCCGAGUGAGUACUUGACUUCCAUCUCGGGCUACAUUGGAGAAGUUUCCGGACUCACCAUUCUUCGGUCGUUGACAAUCCAUACCAAUGAAAAGUGUUAUAUACCAUUCGGAACCGCAGAAGGAAGGUAUUUUUCAUUUCCAUACACCGGCGGCAAAAUUGUCGGGUUUCAUGGGAGUUGUGACAGCACUCAUCUCGGGUCCAUUGGAGCUUAUUAUGAGCCGAUUCCUCAUACUCAUCCUUCCAAGGUUUUUGGGCCUUUCGGAGGUGACAGUGGAGAUCCUUGGGAUGAUGGAAGAUACAUUGAUAUCAAGAGGAUUGUUGUUCGGUAUGAUCGAUCGUUCAUUCACUCCAUUGCUUUCGAUUAUGUCGACGACAACGGUUCCAUACGAUCAAUUAGGCAUGGUGGGAUUGGCGGGGAGAAAACUUUCGAGGUUGAAUUGGUACCCGCGGACGAGUAUAUAACUUCUUUUGCUGGAUAUCUUGAAAAUGCAAAGGACAAGGGCACUCUAAUCAACUCGCUCACAUUUCAAACCAACAAAAGAAUACUGGGACCCAUUGGUAGAGAGGAAGGGGCGUACUUCUCUUUACCAUCGGAAGCUGGGAAAAUCAUCGGGUUCCUCGGGACAAGUGGUGAUUACCUCGAAUCUAUUGGAGCGCAAGCCGAGCUACGCUCUAACAAGCUCUAUCCCUUCAAGUCGGUGGGGUUAUUUGGGAGGUCAAAUGCCUCAUUAUGGGAUGAUGGCAAUACCCAUACCAAUGUAAGGAAAAUCAUUGUUGAAUUUGAACCAAGUAAAGGGCCAUGCAUCCAAUCAAUCGCGUUUCAGUAUGAAGAGCAGAAUAGAGAAUUGUGGCAAUCAGACACUCAUGGUGGCAUUAAUGGAAACGAGUUCCAUAUAAUAAGAAACGUCCAUACGAUCAAAAUAGAUGCUGUGGAUGAGUACCUGACUUCAAUAUCUGCGUAUUUUCAUUUGGGCGGUAUUACUUCUCUCACCUUUCAAACCAACAAAAAAACGAUCGGACCUAUUGGUGAAGAAAAGGGAUGGCACUUCUCAUCUCCUGCAACGGGUGGCAAAAUUGUUGGAUUUUACGGGAGGAGUGAUAAACAUCUUGAAGCAAUUGGAGCACAUUUCGAACCGAUCUCAUAUCUCUACCCAGUUAAAUCAAUCGGCCCAUUUGGAGGCCUAGGCGGACAUGCUUGGUAUGACGGGAAAUUUAACGGUGUGAUAGAAGUUCAAGUAAUGCACGAUGAUGUUAUCCGUCACAUUAUGUUUGUAUACGACAAGAGUGGUGAAGAAGUUCGGUCAAAUAGGCACGGUGGUCACGACAAAGAUGCCAGGAUCACUAGGGUUAGAUUGGAUUAUCCACGAGAGUACUUGACAUCAAUAUCUGGUUACAAGCGAGACGAUGGUCAGAAAAACAUCAAUAAUGCUAUUAUUCAGUCGCUCACAUUUCACAGCAAUAGAAGAAGAAUUGGUCCCUUUGGCAAGGAGACAGGGAACUACUUUUGGUAUCCAGCAACCGGAAGCAAAAUCAUCGGGUUUUAUGGAACAUGCGGCAAGACUCUCAAUUCCAUAGGAGUGUAUGCAGAGCCCAUACCACAUCUGUAUCCUUUCAAAACCGUUGGAGCCUUUGGAGGCUCCGGUGGGACUCCAUGGGAUGAUGGAGUGCAUACUGAUGUCGAGGGGAUUUUAUGUGAUUGCCAGCAACAUCAUUCACUCAAUCAGGAUUGCGUACGAUAACAAUGGUUCCUUCAUUGAAUGCCCUCAGCAUGGCGGAGAAGACGGGUCUCCAGGCAUCUGGGUCUAUCUGGAUUAUCCUAAGGAGCGUCUUGUUUCGAUAUCCGGUUGGAUGGACAAAAAUGGAAGCACUCCUUACACUACCAUUCACAACUUGGAAAUACAUACCACAUACACCACUUAUGGGCCGUAUGGAUUGUCAGCUGAGUCAAUGAAUGCUCGUAAAAUGUUAAGGAAAUUCCGUAUCCCGAAACAAUCAGGUGAUGGGAGGAUCGUUGGCUUUUUUGGAAGGGCAAGAACACGUCUUAAUUCUAUUGGAGCGCGUUUGGAACCAUAUUAGAUUAAGCUUCCUC